AAUUCUUUGCAUUUGUGUUGACGAUAUUUUUUAUUCUUAUCAAAUUUUUAUCUAGGUACGGUAAAGUGAAAUCUGAACGCUAUCGGUGUGGAUUUAAAUUUUGCGAAAACUGUUUAGCAAACAAGUUUGCGAGAAGAUUAAAUUUAUCAGACACAAAGUCAAUGGGCGUUUUUGAGAGAAAGAGAAAGUGCUUUGGAAAAUAAAAUCGCGAAUUUACACAAAAUGGCUUUAAGUGAAUCAACAAUGGAUAAAAAGGCCGUGGAAAAUUUUCAAGAAUAUCUCCAAAUUCCUAGUGUUCAUCCAAAUAUUAAUUACAACGGAUGCGUGGCUUUUAUAAAAAAACAAGCGGAAAGUCUUCAACUUCCAGUCAAGGUUUUUGAAGUAUCCCCUAAUAAACCCGUUGUAAUUAUCACCUGGACAGGAACAGAACCUGAGAAGGAUUCAAUUUUAUUAAAUGGACACAUGGAUGUCGUUCCCGUUUUUCCCGAAGAUUGGAAAUAUCCACCGUUUAGUGCUCACAUAGAUGAAAAAGGAGACAUUUAUGCACGCGGUUCACAAGAUUGUAAAUGCGUUAGCAUUCAACAUUUAGAGGCGAUUCGUCGUUUAAAAUUAAAUGGAAUUCAUUUAAAGAGAACAAUUCACAUUUCAUUUGUUCCGGAUGAAGAAAUUGGAGGACAUGACGGAAUGAAAGCAUUUACACAAACAAAUUAUUUUAAAUCAUUAAAAAUUGGAUUUGCCUUAGAUGAAGGAAGUGCUUCGAUAAAUGAUGAAUUCUCAUUAACAUAUGGUGAACGAACAUUAUUUCGUAUUUGGAUUCAUUGUAAUGGAACAACUGGACAUGCCUCACUAUUACCAAAUAAUACAGCUGGCGAAAAAUUACUUUUAAUUUUGGAAAAAUUCACAAAAUUUCGUAACGCUGAGCAGGAAAAAUUAAAAAAUCCCAAAAUUAGAAUUGGAAAUGUUACGAGUAUAAAUUUAACAAUGAUUAAGGGCGGUGUGCAAAUUAAUGUUAUUCCCAAGGAAUUUUCAGCAGGAUUUGAUAUUCGUUUGGCUGCUGAUGUGAAUCAUGAAAAAUUUGAGAAAAUGAUUCAAAAAUGGUGUGAUGAUGCAGGAGAUGGUGUAUAUUAUACGACAGAACUUAAAGAACCAUUUGUUGAAAAUACAAAAAUGGAUAAUACCAAUAUUUAUUGGAUGGCAUUUAAAAAAUCCUGCGAUAAUUUAAAUAUAAAACUUGAUCCAAUGAUUCGUUUAGGAGCAUCAGAUUCGCGUUUUCUUCGUGUUAUGGAUAUACCGACAUUUGGUUUUACACCAAUUAAUCAAACGCCUAUUCGUAUGCAUGGCGAUAAUGAAUUUUUAAAUAAGGACAUUUUCUUAAAGGGGAUAAAAAUAUUCAUGGAAAUCAUCACAGAAAUAGCGAAUGUUUAAAAAAAAAUAUGAUAUACACAAGUGAAAUUAAUUUUGAAUUUAAUUAAAAACCUUGUAAAGUCCAUCGAUGUACAGCAUCUUAUCUCUCUGGACCAGUUUCCAAUCAUAAGGGAUUAAGUUGUACCAACUUUCGGUUUUUAUCCUGAAAAAACACCAAAAAAAUGAAAAAGGUUAGAUUAUAGCCAAAUUGGAAUAAAAAUUCAAUUAUAAAAAUAA